ACUCAUUCUCUCUCUCUCUCUGUAGUAUUAUUCUGAGUCAGCCGUAGGGGAGCUGUGGUUUGUUGUUUGUUGUCCAGCCAGCUGUAUGGAGCAGUAGUAGCUGUCAGUGACUGAUCUCCAUGGCCUGUCGUCCCUCCGGCUCUGGCUCCUACACCGUGGUCAUAAUCCCCUUUAGGACCAGCCUCUACAGCCUGGACGCUCUUCGCUUCUACCUAUGGAUUAAACGCCUGAAGGAACUUGAGAAGGAGAAGGACGCUCUGUGCUCUGGUCUGGAGAUCCUGGAGAAGACUCGUCUCUGGUACCUCCAACGGCUGGAGGAGAACAGAGCCAGGCAGGACCACAUCGAGGCCAAAAACGGGGGCGGCUGCAGCCAGGAAGGUGCAGCAGAGGUUCAGUCUUGCCUCCUCAGGUCUCGGAUCCAGCGGGUGAACGGCUCUCUGGGCUCUGUGAUGAGCGAGCCCAAUGUCACCAGCAGCAGCAACCGUUCUCUGCCAGAAGCAGUGGCAGACAGCGACCUCCGGUGGCACAACACAGUACUGACUCAUGAGGUGAGUCACAAGAAUCGGCGGAUCUCCAUGUUAGAGCUGGAAAAAGGCGCUCUCCUCGAACAGCUUGAUGAACUGCAGGCCCAUAGAUUGCACAAACACACACACCUACAGGCAGACACAUGAGCUGCACUGCAAACUUACACUUCACUGCAUGUGACACAGUUGCAAACUUUUAAAUUGUAAACUUGUAAAUAUGUAUUUAAAUUAAUAAAUUGCAGUAAACGAUGCAUCAUUUGCUCCUGUGUGUUCAACAGAAAAACAAGUUUUGCUGAAGCAUUGCAUAACCUGACUGAUAUGUUACGUUGCUGUAUUAAUGAGUCAGUCACUGGCUAUAUUAUAACCAAG